UCACUUGUAGCAAUAACGCAUUUAUACCUGGGGUUCGUGUGUGUAUACACAACCAUUGAUUGACAGUUCUUACACUUUGCUUUUACUUUAAAAAGAAGUCCCUCUUGCUGUUACCGCAACGUACGGAAGAAAGCGGCACACCGUUUUUGAGACAGGGCUCACGUGACAGCCGUCCCACGAAAGAGGGCUGGCUGACACCGGUGCAGCGGUAACAACAACAGUAACAACCUGAUCUUUUUUCUUUAAAAUCUCCUUGUGAGGAGGGCUUUUGUUUUGAAGGCGCCAGGCAGCGGAAGUGGCGCAGCAGCUUCCGCCACUUGUGUCGAUGUGGUUCGGCUCAGCUCGGCUUGGUCCAGAGCGGCGGCAGCUAGCGCGGUAACGGAGCCGGACGUUCGUGAGAGACCGUGACGGAAGCAUGGCGGCCCCGGCUCUGUCGGCGGGCAGCCUCGGGAACAGCCCCACCGCGGCCGCCGGGAGGCUGCCGCACGGCGGCGGGCCCGACCUGGACUUCAGGUCGGGGGCCCGGAUGGAGGACCUGAACCGGCUGAUCCAGGAGUUCAGCAAGCACGACCAGCGGGAGUACGACGACCAGCGCGCCCUGGAGAUCCACACGGCCAAGGACUUCAUCUUCUCCAUGCUGGGGAUGGUCCAGAAGCUGGACCAGAAGCUGCCAGUGGCCAACGAGUACCUCCUCCUGUCGGGUGGUGUCCGCGAGGGUGUGGUGGACAUGGACCUGGACGAUCUGAACGUCUACGCCCGUGGCACAGACUACGACAUGGACUUCACCCUGCUGGUUCCGGCGCUCAAACUCCACGACCGGAACCAGCCGGUGACCCUGGACAUGAGGCACUCGGCUCUGGGUCACUCGUGGCUCAGCCUCCGCCUCUUUGACGAAGGAACCAUCAACAAGUGGAAGGACUGCUGCACCAUCGUGGACCACAUCAACGGCACCACCAACUACUUCUUCUCUCCAACGCUGGUGGCAGACUGGUUCUACCAGUCCAUCUCUCUGGUGCUCCUGGAGGUGCAGAAGAAGCCCCAGAGAGGGAUGCCGAAGGUGGAGAAGGUGGAACGGAACGGAACCAUCAUCUCAGUGAUCCUCGGCGUGGGCAGCAGCCGGAUGCUGUACGACAUCGUCCCCGUGGUGUCGUUCAAAGGCUGGCCGGCCGUGGCUCAGAGUUGGCUGAUGGAGAACCACUUCUGGGACGGGAAGAUCACAGAGGAGGAGGUCAUCAGCGGCUUCUACCUGGUCCCCGCCUGCUCCUUCAAGGGCCGCAAGGAGAACGAGUGGCGCCUGUCGUUCGCUCGCAGCGAGGUGCAGCUGAAGAAAUGCAUCUCGUCCAGCCUUAUGCAGGCGUACCAGGCCUGCAAGGCCAUCAUCAUCAAGCUGCUGUCCCGGCCCAAAGCCGUCAGCCCCUACCACCUGCGCAGCAUCAUGCUGUGGGCCUGCGACCGCCUGCCCUCCAACUACCUGUCCCAGGACGACUUCUCCGCCCACUUCCUGCUGGGCCUGAUCGACGACCUGCAGCACUGCCUGGUCAACAAGAUGUGUCCCAACUACUUCAUCCCGCAGUGCAACAUGCUGGAGCACCUGUGUGACGAGACCGCCAUGCUCCACGCCCGCAAACUCUCCUCGGUGCGCUCCGACCCGGCCGAGCACCUGCGCACCACCAUCGAGCACGCCAAGGCCGCCAACAGGCUGACGGUGGAACUGCAGUGGCGGGGCAGCUCCACCAACCUGCCGUCUCCGCAGUCGGACGCGGGCGGAGAAAACCAACCCGACGACCGGCUGGCCAAGAAGCUCCAGCAGCUGGUCACCGAGAACCCCGGCAAGUCCAUCUCGGUCUUCAUCAACCCAGACGACGUCACGCGGCCGCACUUCCGCAUCGACGACAAAUUCUUCUGAGACUGAGCUCCUCCCUGUCCCCGCCCCCGAUGCCCCGCCUCCUCUGGUUUUUGUACUUUUUUAUGUUUCUGCCACAGAGUGAAGUGAGGUGAUCGUGUAGUUCUCCACCGGUUUUUAUUUUUGUAUUCCUCCCUCCCUUCUCUCACUGUGUGCCCUGUCUUCUCACCUGCUGAAGGCCUUUCCCAACAUCAGCAGGAUGGUCUCAAAGAAACCGGGACAGAAACCCAUCUCAGAACCCAGCUGCUGAUGAACCCACCGGACCUGAAACCACCUCUGAGAACUUUCCUCUUCUGUGUUUCCUCCUGAAAUCAAGAGUUGGUCAAAAGUUCUGCAGAACAAUCAGAUUAGUUCAGUUGAUCCAAACCUGGAGCUCUGAUCCAGCAGAGGAGCCAGAAUCGGGCCGAUGCCGGAUCUUCAGGACCGGGAGUGGGCCGGAGUCUGCAGCAGUUUUGGGUCUGAAGGUGGAUUUCUGUCUCUCUGAGGAAUGUCUCCGGCCCGCCGGGCCUCGAUGGUACUAACGUCUUAGAGCUAACUGUAAAUAGAAGAACACGGACUGAGAGGCGGACAGACCAGAACGGACUGUCCGCCGUGAUUUUGUCUAAUUUUGCACAGAAUGUACAAACACUACUGUUCCUCCUGAUUGUGGACGUUCUGAAAUGUCUUACUGUGGCGGACGGACGGGUCUGGACCCGAGGACGGUCGUGCGGGGAGAACCCGGCAGCCUCACUGCUGCUCUCUCCCAGAAAUCCUUUCUACGCCGAUGACCUCAGAUUUACCUGUGUAGCAGGUGUGUGGACACCUCCCACCCCCCAGGAACCUGUAGAGCGCUUAGAGCGAAGUCUGAUUGGAAAAUGGAACCUCAUGAAAUGUUUCCAGCUCCUUCCGAUUCGGAAUCUCCGCUCUUAGAAGAUCCGUUUGGGACGUCGGUGGGGUUGAAGUCCUGCUGUGAUGUCACCGCCUCCUUGCUUGGAGAACCCUUCAUGACAUCACGGUUCUUUGGUUCCACAAACAGACGUGUCACCAAACACCUGAAAGCGAGUCUACAUCCGGGCGGUCUGGUGGGAUGUCCCGGAUGACGCACCAGAACCGUGUGGUCCAAAGUGUGGCUCUGGUUUAGAGCCAUGUUCUGGUUCAGUCCGGUUUGAUUUUCCAUCUUCCAAUCGGUGGUUGGUAGGCGUGUCGAAGCAAAUGAAGCGAAACAAACUGCUAACGGCGUGUUCCACUGUUUUCUGUGCCUCUCCCAGAGUGGAUUUCCAAGGGCUAGAUGAGGACAGGCCGUUUGGGCUCCCCCUCCUGAAGAGCGAGGCGGGGCUAGAGGAGGACCAGAUGUUUAGGCUCCGCCUCCUGUAUAGUGAGGCGGGGCUAAAGGAGGACCAGAUGUUUGGGCUCCGCCUCCUAAAGAGCGAGGCGGGGCUAGAGGAGGACAGGCCGUUUGGGCUCCGCCUCCUGUAGAGCGAGGCGGGGCUAUAGGAGGCGGAGCCCAACUGGCCGGUCCUCCACUAGCCCUUGGAAAUCCACUAUGACCCAGUUAGGUCAGGAGGAUGUACUGAAAAUACACACCGGGCAAACCGAACCGUGCUGAGGCAGCACCUUCAGUUUCAGAACUUAGAGAGGGGAGUUCUGGUCCGGCUGAACGAAGGUUCUGGUUGGCUGUGAAGAACAUUCAGCUGUCAGCUGGGAGGGACAGAAGCUCAGGACCUGGUGGGACAUCCUGUCCGUGUUUCUCACACCUGCUGCUCACAGAUCUUCUCUCUCAGGUGAACCCGCCGCUGUGCGACCGUCCUCUGGUGCGCGGCGCCGUCCUCUGGCGCCGUCCACUCUGCACCUGGUCCUCUUCACGUCCUGACCAGUUCCUUCUUUUUUCUGACCCCACUUUCUGCUGCUUCUUCAAGUCUCCAUGUUGUCCCUUCAGCUCCUUGAAGCCGCUCAGCCGGUGCCGCUCCACACGGGUUCUGGAGAACAUCAGACCGAAGCUGGCGGUUCUGGAGCUGAACCGGACCCAUUUUGUGUUGUGUGAAAGUCCAAACCAAAAAAGUCCUGCUGAAAUCUCACUGGUGAUGUAAUGUUCUCCACGGAUCCUCAUCCUGAAGUGCAAUUAGUGAGCAGCCACACUCAUGCAUGCACACGCCAUGUAGCAUCUGGCCCCGCCCACAGGUCUCUACACCCUCAAAGUGCCGCGCCCCCACUCGGUGAAUGUGCCCCGUGUUCUCUGCUCACAACCUUCCGACUGUGACCUCUGGUUGACCUUUCAGCUGGCAGCUCCUCCGGCCGUUCACGGCGCCGUGUACAGCACAGCCCUCAUAAAGUCUUCUGACCUGA